CAGCAACCCAGUGAAGCAAUAGAAAGCGGCAACAAGAGCACAAGCGCCGAGAAAAACUUUCAACGCUGUUAUUGCUAAAACAGAAAAUAGGUAUAAAAAGGAUUUUGUAUUUUAAAUUCUCAGUUUUACCUUACUGACGCCAAAGCAUUCAGCACCAUGGACAGCGUCCGCGCGGCGGUGUACCUGAGCGUGUUCCUCUCGCUGCUCUGCGUCUGCAGGGGUCAGGUGUCACUGGACAACCGACUGAGCGCGCAAGAGGAGCAGCUCAUCAAAAGAGACCUGGCUGAGGCGCUCGAUGAACUUUUGGAUGGAGAUCAGGACAAUCGGAUAUCUGUGGAGAAAAAAGCCAGUGUCAUUCCAAGGUGUGAUGUGGGGGAGCGCUGCGCCAUGAAGCACGGACCGCGCAUCGGGCGACUGUGUGACUGCAUGCGAGGAACAGCCUGCAAUACUUUCUUCUUGCGCUGCUACUGAUGGAGCUCGCGCAGCUCUCCUCUCUCUCAGGCACUGUGUUAAGAAACUCGUGACAGCAAUGCUUGGGACACCUCAUCUAUUUAUAACGCGUGAAAUGACAUGGGUGAUGUAUUGAUACUGUUGUUUUGUUCGUAAACUUGUCUAUGUGUAGCCUAAACGUUUAUUUUAAGUGAAUAAAACGUCUUUAUGCUAAUUCUUUCUGAACACUGUCUACUCUAAAUGGAAGUAUGUAUACAUUCUCUGUGAGUUUUUAAUGUAACUGUUUAAUAAAACUGUAAAAACUG